UGGAGCGACCUGCGUUUGCGUCCCUUUACAUCUGCGUACCGCUCCUCGGGCGCGCGCCUCCCGUCCUUCACGAGCCGGUUCGCGCGCACGUCGACGACCGUCUGCAGUCACGUGAUGGCGUCCCCGGGCCUGGCGGACCUGUCCCGCCUCUACCAGACGGAGUUCGUGCGCAGCGCGCGCGCUGUGGGCGUGCUGUGGGCGGUGUGCACGCUGUGCUUCGCCGUCAUCCAGGUGGUCGUCCUCGUGCAGCCGUCCUGGGUCGGCACCGCCGACGCCCGCCACAAGGGGGCGGGGCCGGCUCCCCCCAGCGGAACCCUGGGCUUAUUCGAGGUGUGCUUGGAGUCGGACCUCCCAUUUCCAGACUGCCGCGGGCGCCUGUCCAGUUUGUCCCCGCUGCCGUCCUUCCAGUCUGUGGCGGUCCUGGUGGGCGUGUCCCUGUGGGCGGUGUGGACCAGCGUGAUGUGUCUCUGCCUCUUCCGCUUCUGCAGCGCCGCCACCGUCUACAAGAUCUGCGCCUGGCUGCAGCUCACAGCAGGGUUCUGCCUGGCGCUGGCGUGCGUCCUGUUCCCCGACUCCUGGGAGAGUCCCGAGAUGAGAGUCCUGUGCGGAGACUCGGUCGGAAGCUUCUCGUCCGGGAACUGCUCGGUCCACUGGGCCUACAUCCUGGCCAUCCUGGGCGUGUUGGACGCCGCCAUCUUGGCCACGCUGGCCUUCGUCCUCGCCAACAGACAGGACGCUCUCCUGCCGCCACUCAGCAAGGAAGGUGGGUUGGGGGCGGGACUCUGUGCAAAAAGGACUGCUGAUGUCAGCGUAGACGUCAUGUGACUCUCCAUUGGAUCUUCAUCAAGUUGUCCUCCUCGCUAUCCGUUAGCAUGGUUAGCAUCAGUGUCACUACGCUAGGUUACAAGCUGAUGACAUCAUCAAAAAUUACCUUUGACCUUUCAAUGUUGUGUACUACAUUGCCAAAUAAAAAGGCGUGCACGUUUUCAACUUUAUUAGUCGCA